CACCAUCACUAACGCAACAUGAUAUGUCCACGCAUCUACCAGCGCCCAAAUACCGACUGUAUCCGGCAUACUGCUUUAGGGCAUCGCCUACCUACAAUGCCUGGGUGAAGCUGACCGCAGCCGAUGUUCAGGCGCUGCGCUCUGAGCCCAAUUUCCAAAGCCAGCGCAUAUACUUCCACCUCAACCACCCUAUCCGAUUUGUGCGUCUCGUCGGAGUCGUUGUCGCGAUCGAUGACAUCAACCCGAAAUACGCCGUUCUUACUGUGGACGACGGCAGCGGCGUGAGCAUCGAGGUCAAGAUCGUGCGGCUCACUCCGGACCUAUAUAACCCCGUCGAGAGUCCAUCGAACACUGCAAUCGACAAUGUGGAUGUCAUCAGCCAGCUCGGCGUGUUCGAAAUAACCAUCGAUCACCAGCGAUUGGACAUCGGAACGGUCAUAAAAGCAAAAUGCACUAUAUCCGAGUUUCGCGGCCUGAAGCAAUUGGAAUUGAAGAGGAUUUGGACAGUCUCGACCACGAAUGAGGAAGCUCAGGCUUGGGCGGAGACUGCUGCGUUCAAGCAGGAGGUGCUGUCUAAGCCGUGGCAUAUCGGUUCGACCGAGGGCAAGAAGAUCAAGAAGGAGAUCAAAGCGGAGAAGCGGAGGGCUCAAGAGUAUGAGAGACUAAAGGCUGAACAUGAGGCUAAGAGGAAAGAGCAGCGGAAGGGGCGCGACGAGUAUCUGGCUAAGAAAGAGGCGAAGCUCGAGGCUAGGCGGCGCAAAGAGGAGAUAAUGAUGAAUGCAGGAGCUUUGAUAUAAAAGACUUACACAGUAUAGACCCUGGCCACUAGCAAUAACUCUCUCAACGUAAGGCGCGUCCGUUUUCAGGAUGGCCCCAACCGUGUCACAUAAAUGCCCGGUACCGCCGACUGCAGCCUAAGCGCCGGUGUAGCGCUUGUUAAUCCGCCACCUUCCUCUCAUAGCUCUGUUCCUAU